AAUAUAACUUUGGCCUGAAACUUUUAGGAUAUUAACUAUUAAUUACUUUUCUCUGAACUUUUCGUGAGUGGGUGUUAGUUAUUUCUGGUUGUUAGAAGUUAGUUGUUAACUUUUUUACCCAUGGAUGAUGAAACGCAAAACAUUCUUCAGCUGGAGCUGAAAGCUGUUAUCGGCUUCAACGGAUGUGUUCCCUCUGGCUUGAGACUUCAUCCAGACAAGAAGCAUCUGAUCUAUCCUCUUGGAAAUAUUGUAAUGCUGAAGGGAAUAGAGGACGGCAAGCAGGAGUUUCUGCGACACUCCGACAACGUCUCCUGCAUUUCCGUCUCCAAAAGUGGAUCCUACAUUGCCUCUGGCCACAUCAGCCUUAGAGGCUUUAAGGCACCAGUGAUUAUCUGGAAUUUUGCAGAGAGAACAAUCUAUGCCGAGCUGUUUUUCCACACAGCUAAGGUGGAAGGGGUUGCCUUCUCUCCCAGUGACAAGUACCUGGUUUCUCUUGGGGGCAUAGAUAAUAACAGCAUCGUCUUAUGGAACCUUGAGACCAAAGAAUACAUCUGUGGAAGCCCAGCCUCAGCCUGUAGUGCCGGUUUCUGCCUCACCGUUAGAUACUCCAACUCCGAUGAUAACAUCUUCACUUCGGCCGGCAGUGGAACACUGCGAGUCUGGCAGUUGGACGUUGCCAGGAGAAAGAUAAUACCCACUGAGUGCAAAACAGGCAAGCUGACCAGGAUUGUGAAAUGUAUAGAGAUUUCAGAAGACGAUCGCUAUAUGUUCUGUGGCACUACAAGUGGAGACAUAUUGAAAAUCAACAUGGCGACCAAGAUCCUGAAUCAACAUGGUCCGAUUAAAGCAAAGUACAACAUGGGUGUCAAUGUUCUCAAGAUGGAAUCCGGAAAACUGCUUGUGGGUUCUGGUUCUGGCAUCUUGGCUCUGUGCUCCAGUGAUGACUUAAAAACCAUCAGGCAAGUCCAGCUGGAGAAGGGGGUGACCUCAAUCGAUGGCAGCAAAGAGGGGAAGCUGCUCUUUGUUGGCACAGAGGGGGCUCAGAUGUACCGCCUCAAUUUUGAUGAUUUGGAGGCUGAGCUCAUUUCCACCGGCCAUGUGGGUGCCGUCAACGACAUAGCCAUUCCUCUUGGCACCUCUGAGUUGUUUGCAACUUGUUCUGUGGAAGACAUCAGAGUGUGGCGCGUAGGAAUGCCGACAGAACUGCUGCGCAUCAAGGUGCCCAACAUGAUCUGCAACUGCCUGGAUUUCAUGACUGAUGGAAACAGCAUCAUCAGUGCAUGGAAUGAUGGUAAGAUCCGGGUCUUUGGACCAAAAAGUGGGAGGCUGAUGCUCACCAUUAACAAUGCUCACAAAAUGGGUGGAACGGCCAUCGCUGGCACCAGAGACUGUAAGAAGAUUGUCAGCGGAGGAGGAGAUGGGGAGGUGUGUGUUUGGGAACUUCUGCCUCACACCCACCGCCUUCUGGCGAUCAUGAAAAAGCACGAAGCCCUUGUGUCCUGCAUCAAAAUCAGGAGUGAUGACAAAGAGUGCGUCACAGCCAGUGCUGGUGGCACCUGCAUCAUCUGGGACUUAGAAUGUUUUGAUAGCCUUCAAAGUGUGAUUGCCAGCACUUUCUUCAAGACCGUGUGCUACCAUCCAGAUGAGCACCAGAUUGUCACCAGUGGAACUGACAAAAAGAUCACUUACUGGCACGUGUAUGAUGGCUCCUCCAUCAGGGAACGGGAGGGUUCCCAGUCAGGGGCCAUCAACAGCUUGGACAUCACAAAGGACGGCAACCACUUUGUGACGGGGGGAGAUGACAGGCUCUUGAGAGUGUGGGACUACUUGCAAGGAAGCAUAACCCACACAAGUAUGCCUCAUGCUGCCAGUAUUACCUGCACCAGGAUCUGCUCGAAAAACUGCAUCCUCAUCAGUGGCAGCGCCGACGGAGGCAUUUGGCUAUGGAAGUUCCCUCACCCUCUCGCUUCAUCUUAAAAAUGGUCAACCAGCAUUUUUUUAUCGUUAUUCGGAAGGAAACUCUUGCAGAACAAAUCUUACUGAGUAACAGCUGGAUGUAUACAGUAUUACCUAUUGUACAUGUUAUUGCGUUGAAAUGUGUUAAUUAGAUGAAUUUAA